UCUAGGGUCGUCACCUUUCUUGCCCAAAAAUACCGGCCAUGCUAAUUUGCAUAACUAAUUAUAUAUGCGUGACAUCACAGGAUACACAUAUGCAGGGAAUUUUGUCCUAUUCUGACCCCUAUAACUUUUUUAUUUCUCCUUAUACGGGGCCUGUAUGAGGGUCAUUUCUUGCUCCCCGAUCUGUAGUUUUUAACACGACCAUUUUUGUUUCGAAUUGUGACUUUUUGAUCGCUAUUUUUUAACUACAACUCCCAGCAUGCCCUGAUACAGCCUGUGGCUCAGCAGCUGCCCCAAACGAAAACUACAACUCCCAGCAUGUUGGACUUUAUAGUAGUAUAUAGUAUAGGUCAGUGUUUCCCAAUCAGGGGUGCCUCCAGCUGUUGCAAAACUACAACUCCCAUCAUGUUGGACUAUAUAGUAGUAUAUAGUAUAGUGGUUUUGAUUGGAGAAUCCGGUGUUGGUAAAACCAACUUAUUGUCCAGGUUUACCAGGAAUGAGUUUAACCACGACAGCCGCACCACCAUAGGCGUAGAGUUCUCCACCCGGACACUGACCCUGGAUGGCCAUUUGGUGAAGGCUCAAAUCUGGGACACAGCAGGACUGGAGCGUUAUAGGGCGAUUACAUCUGCUUAUUAUAGGGGGGCCGUUGGCGCUCUGUUGGUGUAUGACAUCACCAAGCAUCAGUCCUAUGAAAGUGUGGACCGCUGGCUGAAGGAGUUGUAUGACCAUGCGGACGCAAGUAUCAUCGUGAUGUUGGUCGGUAACAAGUCCGACCUGAAGGACGAGGCUCAGGAGGUGUCUACCGAAGAAGCCAAGAUGUAUGCAGAUGAUAACGGAUUGUUAUUCAUUGAAACGUCUGCGCUCGAUUCCACCAACGUUGAACUGGCCUUCGAAACCAUUCUCAGGGACAUCUACAAGAAGGUCCUGAGGAGCAAAGGAGGUGCGCCAAAAGAAAACACGGUGGUCUUAUCCAAUGACGCUUCCGCUACCCAAUCUCAAGCUCCGGACCCUGAAGCCAAGAAGGCCUGCUGCCGAAACAUCUAGACCCAUCCAUGACAGAAUGCGGGAGACGCUUGAGAGACAUCUGGGGACAUCCAGACCACCUGAAAGGAUGACGACGCGUCUGAACACUGGAUCUUAGUAAAACGUGCAGGCGGCUCGGACCACAAAGGAUUCCUGUUCAGAGACAUCUAAACAAUGGAAAGUGUGUCACCAGCUUCCAGUUAAAUCCUUAAAGGGGUAUUCCAGGAAUCUUUUUUAUUUGACUACGCUACAGGGGCUGUAAAGUUAGUGUGGUCCAUAAUAUAGUGUCUGUACCUGUGUGUGACGGUUUUCUCACAAUUCUUCUGUGAUUUUCACCCCACUAUUUAUUUUUACCAGCAUACAAAAUGACUGCUGUCUCAGAUUUUUCCCAGGUUGCAAUGUGACCGAGACCUGACAUCACUAGUCAGCUGAUAACAGGGAGCCUGUCUGCUUCAAUGGGUAAAGCGAUCAAUCUGCAACUAAUGCAAUAGCUGUAGGCACCCUGAUUGAAAACCACAGGUCUUUUGAAUGGAUGCAGCUCAUUUAUCUUUCAAUGGGUGGGGUGGCUUAUGUGUGGGAGGGAGGAAAAUGGAAUUAUGGGAUUUGUAGGCAAAGAAGAAAACGCAAACAGGAAAUACCAGUUCACAAAAAGCUAGCCACAGUGUUAUGGUAAUCUCACAACAUAGCCAUUUAUCCCCAAGACAAGCGCAGAUCCUUCCUAAGCAUGUCCAUUACUGUCUGCUAGGUACAUACUAAAAUCACCUUAUGGUGGAGGAGAACCCCUUUAAAAUGUAAAAAUAAUAAAGAAAAAAUAUGGAUAAAACAUACAGUGAAACUCCAACGCGUUUUGAACUAUUUCUAGUGGUGGUCAGUGAACUACUUGCGUGUUUCAGUCUAUGUAUAGUUCUUAGUCGUGGCUAUUAGUAAGUAGUAAGGAACAUGUUUAUAUAAAGAGGGGAAAAAAUGAUGCAACAUGCGCCGCAACGACUGAGGAAACCACCCACCGGGGCCGAUCACAUGGCCUGAGACUGAAAGGAGCACAGCCACACCGGAUACUCGGGUGAAAGGGGAAUAGUAUGGGAAGUGUAUGUACAUUAUUUUUAUACAUUAUAUCCAUCUUUUUUCUAUAUUAUUUGUAAUGUAUUUUAUUAAACUUUAAAGGGGUACUCCACUGGAAAACAUUUUUUUUUCCCAACUGGCGCCAGAAAGUUAAACAGAUUUGUAAAUGACUUCUAUUU